AUGGAAUCCUUAGAAAACGAUGGAGUCGACGACGACUCACGUGAUUCACUUACCAGUGAAGACAGCGACGAGAGUGACUUCGAUUUCGACUAUGAUGAAUUAGCAGAUGAUUUAGAUAAACUUCAGAUAUCAAAUGCAUAUUCGAAUGAAGAUGAAAUGGAGAUUGAUUCUAUGAGCGAAAGUUUUAUUGGUGAUGGUGGCUUUACGUCAAUUUCUCUCAGGGAUGUAACGCCAAUUGCACUGUUCAGGAGGUUUUUCACGGAAGAAAUUCUGAACCUAAUUAGUGAUCAAACAAACAUUUAUGGAAAACAGAAACAACGAAGGAAUAGUCAAAACAAAUCUGAUCGCUAGAAGGAUGUGGGGAUAAAAGAUAUUGAAUCGUUUCUUGGAAUAAUUAUUGUGAUGGUAAUCAAUGACUUACCGGAAAUGAAACUCUAUUGGAGUAAGGACAAUGUUUUUCAUAAUAGUUUCAUCUCUGCGGGUGUGGGUGUGGGUGUGGGUGUGGGUGUG